AUGACUGCGAAGAACGGGUCAAAAUUCGAUUUUAUUGUGGCUGGUGGGGGCACAGCGGGAAACAUGGUCGCGAGUCGUCUGGCGGAGAACCCUCGGGUCAGUGUUUUGAUAGUCGAAGCUGGUCUCGGCGACGCAAUCAACAUUCCGGAAAUCAGAACACCAUCUGGUGCAAUGGAGUUGCGAAACAGCAAAUUUGACUGGGCCUACAAGACCACUCUCAUCAAGCGAGACGACUAUGAGCGGGUGGAGAAGCCCAACACCCGAGGAAAGAUUAUUGGUGGAAGCUCUUCGAUCAAUUACUUCACUUGGGCUCCGGGAAGCAAAGGUACAUUUGACAUGUGGGAAGAGUACGGUGGGAAGGAGUGGACGUGGGAUAGCCUUCUUCCCUACCUCCGCAAAAGCGCUACGUAUCAUGAUGACAAUGGUCUUCAUCCACCCGAGCUCAAGAAUAUCGGCAGCGGCGGCCCUAUCAAGAUCUCCCACUCCGAGCUUAUUCCCGAUAUGGCAUGCUUUCGCGAUCUUUUGACACAGGGCUGGAAGUCUACUGGAAAGCCAGUCACCGAGAACAUAUUCGAUGGCGAGAUGAUCGGCCUUACGCAUAGCGUCAACACGAUUUACAAGGGUCAGCGAUCUGGGAGCUUUCUUUGCCUUGAAAACAAGCCCAACAUAACUGUAUCAGCCCUGACCCACAGCAAGAGCCUCAUCAUUGACGAAUCCGAUCGCUCCUGUAAAGGCAUCACCGUGAUUACGACUUCUGGAGAAGAGCAUAACUUCUAUGCUAAUCGUGAGGUGAUCGUGUCUGAAGGCGUUUUCGAAAGCCCCAAGCUAUUAAUGCUCAGCGGGAUCGGCCCUAAGCCCGAGUUAGAGCGCCAUGGCAUCAAAGUUGUCGUUGAUUCACCUCACGUGGGACAGCACUUGCUUGAUCAUCCCGGCGUUCCCUUUGUCCUUCAAGUCAAAGACGGAUUUGGAAUGGAUGAGCACAUCCUACGUCCAGGCCCAAAGCAAAAUGAUGCAAUCAUCACCUACAAAGAGAGCUUCGGAGGACCAAUGGCAUCUGGCUUCCUCGAGAUGGUCGGAUUCCCGCGCAUCGACGAGUAUCUCGAAAAGGACGAGCGGUAUAGAAAAGCAAAGGCCGACAACGGAGGAGUUGAUCCGUUCUGCCCUUAUAAUCAACCGCAUUUUGAACUUGACUUCGUUUGCAUGUUUGGUAGUGCUUUCCAGUGGCAUUAUCCAACCCCGAAAAAGGGAAAUUAUAUCACUGUUAUGGUUGACCUUGUUCGUCCCUUGUCUGAAGGUGGUGAAAUUACACUUAAUAGCACCGAUCCGCUUCAGCAAGCCAACAUCAAUCUUGACUACUUCAAUAAUGAGCUCGACAUUAUUGCAAUCCGGGAGGGCAUCCGGUUCAGCUACGACGUUUUGAAAAACGGUGAAGGGUUCAAAGACAUCAUCGUCGAUGAAUAUCCAUGGGAAAUGCCAUUGAAUGACGACGAGUUGAUGAGACGCACUGUACUGGAACGCUCUCAGACUUCAUUUCAUCCUUGUGGUACUACGCGAUUGUCAAAGAACAUUGGCCAAGGGGUGCUCGACCCUUCCCUCAAAGUCCAUGGAAUAAAGAAACUGCGGGUAAUCGACGCCUCAAUUAUGCCAGUUAUUCCUGACUGUCGAAUUCAAAACUCGGUGUACAUGGUGGCUGAGAAGGGGGCUGAUCUGAUCAAGAAAGACCACGCCGAUCUAUAUGUCCACUGA